AUGGGCAAGAUCACCUUCUACGAGGACCGGGGCUUCCAGGGUCACUGCUACCCAUGCAGCAGUGACUGCCCCAACCUGCAGACCCACUUCAACUGCUGCAACUCCAUCCGGGUGGACAGUGGUUGCUGGAUACUCUAUGAGUACCCCAACUACCAGGGACACCAGUACUUCCUGCGCCGGGGCGAGUACUCUGAUUACCAGCAGUGGAUGGGCCUCAGUGACUCAAUCCGCUCCUGCCACCUCAUCCCCCAGGUGAGUCACCCCGGCACUUACAGAAUGAAGAUAUAUGAGAGAGAGGAAUUCAGAGGACAAAUGACAGAGGUCACAGAUGACUGUCCCUCUCUUCAGGACCGCUUCCACCUCAAUGAAAUCCACUCCCUCAACGUGCUGGAGGGCUGCUGGGUCCUCUAUGAGCUGCCCAACUACCGGGGGCGGCAGUACCUGCUGAGGCCGGGAGAGUACAGGAGAUAUCUUGACUGGGGGGCCGUGAAUGCCAAAGUUGGUUCUUUUAGACGAGUCAUGGAUGUUUACUGAAAUGUUUACUUUUUCCAUUUUUCUCUUUUAAAAUUUAUUAAAACAUUUAGCUUGUGUUUCUGGCACUAAUAGAGUCCUGUCUUUCUUGCAAUCUAUUAAGCAUUCAAAAGCAAUAAAGGCAUUUGGUCAAACACAAGAAUGUGUGUUUUCAAGAUGAAAAGCAAACUCGUACAAGAAUAUUAUUUCCAGUAAUAUUUUAACAGCUAAACUAUGUAAGCUUAAAGAAAAGUUCCAUUCAGUUAGGCUAAAUUCAUUUGUGGUUAGGCCUUUACGGACUAUCUGUAGCUACAAUGAUGAAUUACUGCUUAUUGAAACACCUCAGAUUGUCCCUCCAGGUUAUCACCACCAGAAAUCUUCCCUGUAUAGUCUGAGUCUUAGCUGAUGAGGGAAGUUGUUCUUAACAUUUGGACUUUAACUUUAUCUCCAUAAACAAAUAAAUAAACUAUUACAUUAUCAGCUAUUGUACUCCGUAACCUUCUA